GCUACAUAUUCGUGUUUUCCGUCAAUCGCCACCAUACCUAGCUGUGAGGGAGAAAUGGCUGAUACCAUAGCCGAUACAAGAAGGCUUUUUACUAAGCCUCAAAACCUGAAUGAUGCGUAUGGGCCCCCGAGUAACUUUCUAGAGAUUGACGUGAGCAACCCCGAGACUGUCGGAGUUGGCAGAGGCAGAUUUACGACGUACGAGAUCAGACUGAAGACCAACUUACCCAUCUUCAAGCUGAAGGAGUCUUGCGUACGGAGACGGUACAGCGACUUCGAGUGGCUAAGAGCAGAGCUGGAGCGAGAAAGCAAGGUGGUCGUGCCGCCUCUUCCAGGAAAAGCUCUGUUCAGGCAGCUUCCGUUUAGAGGGGACGACGGCAUAUUCGACGACUCUUUCAUCGAAGAGCGGAGGCAGGGUCUGGAGCAGUUCCUCAACAAGGUGGCCGGUCAUCCUCUAGCUCAGAACGAACGCUGCCUGCACAUGUUUCUACAAGAUGAGUCGGUGGACAAAAACUACACCCCCUCCAAAGUCAGACAAGCCUGAAGAGACGAGCUCCCUCCCAGCUCGGCCCAAAGCUUCCUUCACGGCUUCCUGUCCGUCUCCACAGAAACAUUUCAGAUUUUUCUCUUUCGCCCCUUCGAAUGCCGUCAUUCUCGUCUUAUUUUAUUCAGAAAUGAUGAAUCUUGUUGAAAACAUUUGUGGCUCAAAGUGAUUUAUAGUCGUCCGUUUGUCUGGAAAUGCCACUAAUAUAGAAAUAUGAUGUAUUUAUCAUUUAUCUGUGUCAUAAAUAUAUUCGUUUAUAAAAGAGCGUUAUAUGUAUGCAAAGCUCUUCCAAUGACCCCCCCACACACCUCCAACACCCAGCACUGGCAUGUUGAUCACUGUAACUAACUGGACACCUGCAGACACACUUUCUGAAGCCACACCUGGAUGUUCAGGAACCAGAACACCUGCGUGUCGACCAGCACCUGCCCGGCUCACCGUGUUUUCUAACAAGCAAUUUACACAGAGGGAACUGCAGUAUUUCUAAGAGCUAUAUGCAUUUUGAGAUUUGUAUACUGCUGUGCCAUUUUUGUUUAUUUUGAGAAUUUUCCAAUAAAAGGUUAAAUAUC